GAUUACGUGAAAGGUCGUCGAGAAGAUGAAAUCGUUCGGGAAUUUGACAUGUGGCCUACUCAUCCUCACCGCGUGUAUUUUUGCCGGUGUAGAAGCUCGUCGCCUGGCCCUUCGUCCACUGUCGGAAAAAGAACUUCGCAAAGCUCUUAGGGAAUCCGGAAUAGGUGAGGAUUCUGCAGCUGGAAAAUCGGUAGCCUCAGCUUUGUCUGGUAUCAGUGGAUUUGCCCUGGGCAUUACCAAAGGCAUUGGCGGCUCCAUUCUGUUCGAUGUGGUCACCUCGAACGUGACCAUUGAUUACCUCACCAGCCUGCUGAGCUCCACGGCCUCUUCAACGACUUCGAGCAGCAGUGGAACCGCCCAGGAGGUCUGCUUCAACAGCCGCAGUGCCGAUGGAGAGAUUAUCAACGGAAGGAGCAAUGCUGAUAUAGAAGAAAGCGCAGAUCCAUCCGGCCAAUGGAGACAGGAUGGUUCUGGUACCUAUUCUGAUCUCGUUUCGUCACCUUCGGGUACUUCUUCUACGGGUUCCAGUUCCGGCAGUUCUGGAACCACCUGCAUUGUCCUGUCAAAGGGAUCUCGUCGCAGGCGUCAGUUGCGUAUCCGACCUGGAAAAUUACGUUCUACGAACGCCAAACGUCGUACUUCUCACGGCCAGGUUCUGAAAAAGUACCGCAGGCAUAGGCUUUAAGAAAAAGCCAGCAUAGCCCUACUUUAAGUUAACUUAUUUAUUGAUUUUGAUUAGUUUAUUAAAAUUUAAUUGUUCCGUA